CCUUGUUGUAGGAAAAAUUAAAAAGGUUGUCAUUCAUAAAAAUGUAACAGUGUAUUUUAUCACUGAGGUAUAUCAGGCUGUUCGUCAACCUUACAUUAAUGCCUAUUACAAUACACGUAUGCAGGAAACCUACUUCUCUAUUAGUCAAGCAGAGCUGUUUGAUUACUACCCACUGCCUGAAUAUUUUAUUUGGGGCGUGUCCUCACUAAUUCUCCACCAUUCAGUCCCUAUAUUCUAGAUUCAUGUCAUCCAUCUGUGAGGAAAUAAAAGUCAUCAUCCUCAGAACUUUACCCAACCUGUCUGAGGAUAUUGUACAACUGGUCAUCUCAACACUGAAAAGCUCAGGUGUGGAAUCAAAAGCAGACCUCAAGUAUGUAGAGCAGGAUGAGAUCAAAGACCUCUUGCCUGUUAUCCAGCAAAGGAAACUUCUGGAGGCAUUCAAAAUGGAAACUACAACAGUCGUGCUUGAUCUCCACCCCUUGCCAGAUGACUUGGUACAUCAAAAGUCUGCAGGCGGAAGUCUGUCUUUGUUCUCCAGUCCAUUGCCUUGCUCCUCUUCAUCUUCACUGCCUGGCUUUUCGCCCUUGUCAAGCUCUUCACCAGCUUCAGCACCUCCUGAGAUCGAUGUCUGUCACUGCAGCCGAUGUGGAGCGGACACUGACCCUCCCGACCAGUCCACGACUGAUACUGCUGGAUGGGGAGUUGACUCUUCGUAUCAUCCAGCUGUUGAUGGCCUAUUUUGAUGAAAGAAGAGAUGCACUGAUACUCCUUGCAGAUAUGUCUGCCACUGCAGCCGAUGUGGAGCGGACACCGACCCUCCCGACCAGUCCACGACUGAUACUGCUGGUUGCUGGUGACAAAGUCACAAUAAAACGUUGGAUGAUCAGCAUGGAAGGUGAUGUCAUCUGCGAAGGCGUCCAACCUGGCUUCAUCUCAGGGCUUGCUGCCCUUCUUGCCACCUACUAUGUGUUCAACUUGGAAUACCAAGAGGAAGGUGCUCGGACAUUGGAAUUUGUUCAAAGGAACCGAAGCACCAGUUUGACUCUAGGAUACAGAGAAGGCGAUUCAUUGGCGUUAACCCUGAGAGGGGAACAAAGGCUAGCCAGGGAAAGGUGGUGUCCAAGAAGACUGGGAAGCUGGUCCAGAAAAAGGCAGCAACUGUAAAUCCUCACUUAGCCACCCUUAUAAAAAAAUCUCACAGACUUUGAGUGGGGCUUUAUGUAGCCGACAACUAAACACUGGACUCGUGUUCAGUUAUUUGUCUCCAGUUUGAAAUUAAGUUGACAUGUUCUAAAUGUU